AUGGUGUCUUCGAAGUUGCGAUUUGCGGUAAGUUGUUCGAGUAAUAUGAAUCGAAGUAUGGAGGCUCAUAGCUUUCUUCAGAAGCGUGGUUUCAACGUCGAAUCUUUUGGAUCCGGAAACCAAAUAAAAUUACCUGGACCAUCGCCUGAUCGUCCAAAUUGUUACGAAUUCGGUGUCGCAACGUAUGAAUAUAUUUAUAAUGACCUUAAGCAAAAGGAUCGCCAAUUAUAUACUCAGAAUGGAUUACUUAACAUGCUUGAUAGGAAUCGUAGAAUAAAAGCAAUGCCUCAGAAAUUCCAGCAUUAUAAAGGAAAAUUUGAUGUUGUAAUUUGCCUCGAAGAGAGAGUUUAUGAUCAGGUGGUAGAAGAUCUACAAACACGCGAAAGUUUUGAUGGUGAUAGUGUUCAUGUAAUAAACAUUGAUAUUCAAGACAAUCAUGAAGAAGCUACCAUUGGCGCUCUUUUUGUAUGUGAGCUUUGUUCCAGGUUGGAAGCUUGUGAAGAUUUGGACAACGAAAUAGAUGAAAUACUGAUUGAAUUCGAGCAUAGCAAUCCGAAGCGCAAUAUCCUUCACACAAUCUGUUUCUAUUAA